AUGUCUAAUACUAUCAUUCCAGGUCAAAAUGUAUGUAUUGAUGAAAGUCUUAUGCUUUGGAAGGGCAGGCUAGUAUUCAAGCAAUUCCUUCCUUUGAAAAGACAUCGUUUCGGUAUAAAACUUUUCGAAUUGGUCGAUUGCGAAACAGGUUUUAUACUAAAUUUUGUUAUAUAUACAGGCGCCAAUACUGAUUACGAAAAGUUCGGCUUGGGAAUUACUGGGGACAUUGUUGCUCAUUUUUUGAAACCUCACUUUUAUAAGGGGCACGUUGUCUUCACAGAUAACUGGUAUUCAUCCCCUGAACUGGCUGAAUUCUUGCACGAUCGUGAUACAGGACUUUGUGGAACAGUAAGGAAAAACAGGAAAGGAAUGCCAAAAUUACAAACAAAAUUGAAACGAGGUAAAGUGGAAGUUGCUCAUAAACUUUGCUGGCUUGUUCUCAAGUGGAUGGAUAAAAAGGAAGUUUAUGUUAUUACAACCGUACAUGAACUUGAUUUUAGUGCCACUGGAAAGAAGCAUUAUCGCACAAAUGAUGAUAUUAUAAAACCGACUUGUGUUAUAGAAUAUAAUAGAAAUAUGGGUGGCGUUGACAAUAUUGAUAGGCAGUUGGCGUUGACCGAAUCAGUACGAAAGACAAUGAAAUGGUAUAGAAAGUUGUUUCUCCACUUGAUGGACCUAUCACUCUCUGCUGCUUAUUCAAUGUAUAAAAUGAAAAAUGAUUAUAUAUCGUUUUCUACAUUUCGAAUGAAAGUGAUCAGAUCCAUCCUCAAUAAAUGUCCUACAACCAUACCGCGACCUUGUGAACACCUCCGACUAACAGGACGGCAUUUUCCUGCUUUGAGUAAAGGAUAUCGUCGCUGCCAUUUGUGUUCUCUACGUAAAAUUAGACAAAGAACCAAGUAUGAGUGUUCUACUUGCAACAUUGCCUUGUGUGUUGCUCCGUGCUUCGAAGAAUAUCAUACGAAGGAAAACAUAUAA